AUGGGCAGUGCAGAACAGGUGCAGCGUUCUCUGGAGCCGACUCAUUGCUUGAAAUCCAUCAAGAUUCAUAAAACCAAGAAAAAUAGGACAAAAAGCGACAGUGCAUCAAACAGUUCUUCUUCAGCAGAAUGUAUCGACUCUGAUAAUUCGUCUACUCCGAUAGCUGUUACGAAAUCAGCGACUUCAAAAAAUCAAAAAAGAAAAGCUUUAAAAUCAUCACCUCCUUUGCCAAACGUUACUGUUAAAAGUGGAGAACAGAACGGAAAAAGUGUUUUAAGCAGCGGAAAUAAAAAGGACACAGUCGUGCCAGGUUCGUCGAUCCCGGCGGCGCAAGAACCAAUAGCACCUAAGAUAAGGAAGUCCCGAAAAAUUUCCAAGAAGGAAAAGCAAGAAGAAAGCUUCGCAAGUUUACGAGAUCGUGACGUAACUGCUGCUAUUAUUGCUAGUCCUAGUGCUGAUGUUGAUUUAAAUAACGAAACACCAAAAUCAAGGAAAACCGUCGCUGCAAAAAUGGACAGUGCAGAACAAGUGCAGCGUUCUCUGGAGCCGACUCAUUGCUUGAAAUCCAUCAAGAUUCACGAAACCAAGAAGAAUAGGACAAAAAGCGACAGUGUAUUGAAUAGUUCUUCAUCGGGAUGCAGCGACUCGGAUAAUUUGUCUCCUCCGUUAGCUGUUACGAAAUCAGCGACUUCAAAAAAUCAAAAAAGAAAAAGGAAAGCGUUAAAAUCAUCACUCCCCUUGCCAAGCGUUGCUGUUAAAAGUGGAGAAAAGAAGGAAAACAGUGUUUCCAAAAAUGAAAAUGAAAUGGACACAGCUGUGCCAGGUUCGUCUGUUCUGCCGCCACAAAAUCGAAUAGCAACUAAGAAGAGGAAGGGUCGAAUAAUUGUCAAGGAAAAAAAACAAGAAUGCUUUACAAGGUACAUGUCGUUAAAUUCAAUUUUACGAGAAGAUGACGUUGUUAAUGCUGCAACUAGUGCUAACAAUGACAAGGAUAAAAAUUUCAUGAAAACAUUAAUCGAAGAAGACGUGAAACUUACGAGUAGAAUGAAGAUUCUGACAGCCAUUUUUACUAAUUUUAUUAUGAAUAAACCCGAUUGCAAACUUGCAAAAGAGUAUGCAAUUUACGGUUUUAAUCACUAUAAAAUUAUGAAUUGUUUCAAAAAGAGAAGCGCAAAUAGUUACACGACAUGUAAGAACGACGAUCCCGAAUUAUACGAAUUGUUUGAGGAAUUCAAACGAGAAAUGAUAGACGAGGAAGAUGAAAUUGAUCCCGAUCAAUUCAAGAAAUUUCAAGACAUCAAUGAAAAAGAAAAUAAGACGUGGAGUAGUAAAGAAGAAGAGAUCAAGGCGUAUAACGAAUUUAGAAUUGAAAAAUUAAUGAGCAUUGAUUGUAAAUACAAGACGAAUACUCUUAAACAGGCGGCGAAAGAAAUGGAUGCAAAUCUUCGUGAUCAUUUAUAUACACAGACACCAAAAAUGCUUAAAAAAUAUUUAAAUUUCAAGGAGUUUGGUGUUGCGGUAAAAGAGGAAAUUAUUAAAGAGAAUAGUGAUUUCAAGAAGAAAAAUGCAGAAAAGGAUGUAGCAGGUGAUAAAAAAAGAACAGAGAAGAAUGCAAGAAGAAUUGCAAAUUACAAAAAAAAGAAAGCGAAAAGAAAGCAAGAAAAUGACGAAUUUAACAAUGAAAAUAAAGAACCAAAUGCAGACGAAUUAAUAGAAGCUCGUAAAAAUCAGAAAAAAAAUGCUCGCGACAUUGCAAGUGACGCAUAUACGAAAACAACAUGCAAAAAUCGAGAAGCAAAAAGAGAAAGAAACUUGAACAAAAAGGAUGACGAGAAGAAUAGAAGUGAAGAAGAAAAGAAGAGAAAUCAAGACAAAAGAAUACAAGAGAGGGAUGAAGAAGAAGAAACAGAAAAAGAGGAAGAAGAGGUUGAAAUUUUAGAUUUCACAGAUUUAGAUUUGAUAUGGAAAUGUCCAAAAUUUUUACCCCUACUUAUGAGACUUCAAAAAGAUUUAGUUGAAGGAGGAGCAAAAGGAUUCGUACUUUUUUCGAUGAGACGAUUUGGGGUGCAGCAUCUCACAUAUACUGCAACUAUUUUGGAAUUAGAUGUCCUUCCCUACUUGAAUGCAAAUAAACAACAGAAAAAAGUAAAUGAGAUAAAACAAAAAUUAAAUGAACAAGAUAAAAAAGAUGUUGAAAACGCUAAACAAGACAAAAGUAAAAAGAAGCCAACAAAAAUAGAAAAGAAAGCGGCAACCUUGCAAAGGAAAUUCAAUAAACUGGGAGUAUUGUGGAAUGAAAUUUUCGAUUUGAAUAAAAUUAAUAAAAUUAAGAACAAAAAUAAACGUGAAUCGAGUAUACCACGAUGUAUACAGACGGAUGGUGUGAAGGUUUCUUUAAUUUAUGAUUUGAAAAAGGAAAAGGAACAAGAUGCCAAGAAAGCAGUACCGUCAAAUGUGAAGAAGAAGCAAUUAAAGAAAUAUCAUUAUACACGAAUGGUGGGCCUCGAUCCAGGAUGCAAAGCAAUGAUGGCUGGAGCUGUGCGUCAUGGAAAUCCUGAAAUUGAGAGAGAUUCAAGAACAAAAGUAUCUACCAAAACACAGCAUACGCCCAUCUAUGUAAAUGCAAAAAGUUUUCGCUUUCGUGCUGGCGAGUAUCGUCGAAGAAAGAAUCUGCAAAAAUACUCAAGAGGAAUAGAAAAAAGAUUUAACAACUUCCUACAGAAAAACACAAAAUAUAAUGAUGUUAACAAGAAAAAUCCCCGAAAAUAUCUAAUACUUGCCAAAUUUAAUCUAAAACAAUAUGAAUUAAAGCAAGAUGAAUUGGAGAGAAGGUGUUUUAGACAUUUGAGAUUUAAUAAACUCAUAAUGGUCCAAAGGGAAGUGGACAGACUUACGAAUUUUAUCAUGGGCGACAAUGUGAGAGAGCAACCGUGUUUAGUUUCAAUCGGGACAACACAAAUUGCUCCAUUUAUAAAAGGCCACGUGAAAACUCCACUCAAGAAGAUCGAGAAUCGACUGCGUGAACGGUCCAAACAAGUAGGAGAAGAGAGGCUCAAGAUUAUCGACACCUAUGAAGCGUUUACGACAAAAAUAUGCAGCUCGUGUAACGAGGAACAUAUUGUCUCAAAGUCCCCAAAGAGGUAUGCAUUUUGUAAAAAAUGUCAUGUUAUAUGGAACAGAGACAUCAACGCCGGAAUCAAUAUUUUGAAUAUUGCCCUGAUUAAUGAAAAUAUAUUGGAGAGAGGAGACAUUCCCAACGCCAAAGUCUUCACGGGCAUACAAAAAAUGAAGCGUAAAGGACAUGUGAUCCAGAAGCAGCCGCAAUAG